UAAACCCUUGUUUGUUCACUUAGUGAUUAUUAACUUAGCGACAAAGCACGCCAAGGUCACUUCUGUUCAAAAUGGACACUUUCGCCUAAUGGAUGGAUGGAUGGAUUAAUUUUCUUUACAAGUUGCUCGUUCACCGAGCCAGCUUUACAUAGUCCAGGAUCACACAUCUUGGUGUGUUUGAUGAGUAUAUGACUCUUAACGGGACAGUAAAGUGUAAGGUGUAAAGGGUAAAGUAUCCUGAAUGCCUCGGAGCAGCGCGCGUGACCUGGGCUCCGUCCCAAACAGCACAGUAAAUAUAUGUGGCAGCCUGCUAUUUCCACAUGCGGUUUGGGGCAUUGCCCGUGUCACACGGCUAUUACCAGCAGAGCACUAUUUGACAAGGAAGAUGGUUUGGACGUAGCUACAGUCACACGGCUCUCCGCAUAAAAUCGGUGCUCUAUUUUCACGUGAUUUAAUCAGGAGUGUGCGAUUUGGGACGGAUCCAGUUGCAUAGAUCUUUGAUGAAGGCUGCUUUGAUGGAUCAGCAAAACAUGGCGAGUUUGAGGGUGAACUCGGGCUCCCAAAGAUUUAGACAGUACCCACGGGAGUUGUCUGGGGAGUACUCCAACAAUGAUCUGGAUAAUAAAGACACGUUUAAAUCUGUGGAUAUGGAACAUAAGUCCUUAAGAGCAACAGGGAGUAUUAAAGUGACCUCAGCAGUUUCUGAAGAUAAAAUCCCCACAGUGUUGGCUCUUCAGCUCGCUAUCGCAGAAGGUCCGGACCGGCUUCCUGCUGACAAGGACACACAGGAAGUUCUGUGUGGGAAGCUGCGUGUGCUGGAGACUGACCUCAGCAAUAUUUCAUCCUUGAUCUCUGAAUUCUCUGCUCAUCUGGUGUCCAUCAACAGUGAGGAAAGGACCAUUUUUAUCACUUUUAAAUCAUUUGAAGAAAUAUGGAAGUUCACCACGUACUACAGAAUGGGUUUCCUGCAUCAGUGUUUGGGGAACCUUCUUUUGGACCAAGUGUUCUGGCUGAAUGUUUUAGACCUGGAGGACGUAGGAAUUGAGGUCUCAAUUAAAGAGGAGGCUCUUAAUCAGAUGUACAAAGGUUUUCUGAUGCAAGAAGGCUCAUUUUUUGGGAGUUGCACAGUGAAUCAGAUGUUUGACAGCUCCACAUCAGGCAGUGAUCUUUAUCUUGAGAAGGGUGAUAUUGCUCUGUUUGAGCCUCCAUUCCUGGGCUCAGGUUGGACUGUGCUAUCCUUGGCAGAUGGAUCAAGAGGGACUAAAGCACGGCCAUUACUGGAACCUGUCAUUCCAUUUCAUGAGUGGUUUUUGAAGUCCUGUCCUGAGUGGGUUUUGGUAGGCAGUGGAAAAACAUGCUGUGAUCUCCAGUUUCAAAUUGCUGUAGGUAUCUGUGAGGCUACAGAGGUAUAUGAUGGUAAUGGACCCGAUGAGCUCAGUUUUGAGGCUGGUGAUCGCAUCAUCAUCAAGGGCCUACUGGUGACCUGUUUUGAGUGGUUCAUGGGCAAGCUGGAGAGAACUGGUGAUAUGGGACUUGUCAAAACCAGCCUUGUAAAAGCAACUGAUUCUCUUUGUGAAUCUGAUGAAAUCUUUAUUAAACAAGAAGACAGAAAAAUUUUCAACUUGGACCAAGAGAAGAUUAAAAAGGAGGCUAUUGCUUUUUUAAAGAAAACCUGCCAAAGCAAUGUUGCUACAGUCUACAAACUUGAUUCAGCAAAUCCAAGAUCAAUUCAAAAUGGACCCACCGACAGUGAAUAUGUAUGCAUGAAAAGAAAUAUUGCCAAUAUUUUGAGUGAAUUAAGGGAACAACUUCAAAAUGAACAGACAGAAGACAGUGUGAAACUCCAACCAGAUGACGAUGAGUCCUUAGGAUCCACAGAGUCACCCCAUGAAAUCCCACACUUUACUGUAUGUUCAGAGCAGGAUGAUACCAGUCCAGAUGGAUACCAUUCCCUCCUGUCAUUCCUAGGCUGCCGUGAUCACCGGCCUGCGUUCCAGCUUCUCUAUGCCGCCUACCCAGAAUUCAUCCUGUUGCAUUUCCAGGGCCACAAUGAUGAGGACGAGCUGGUAGCGUAUUUAGGUGUUGCUCGGGAAACUGCAAGAAAAAAGCGGCUGUCAUGGGCACAGAGCAGAAUCUGUUUCCUCUUGGGACAGCUUUGUGCAUCAAGGUCAAAGUUCUCCCAGGCACGCGUCUAUUAUGAGGAAGCCUUAAGCGUACCCAGAGACUAUUUCACAGACAUGUACUUUCUGUCAGCCAUCUACUCUAAUCUGGCCCUUAUCUAUCUCACACAAAAAAAUGCAGAGAAGUAUCUCACUCUGUCUGAACGUUUUGCUGGUUUAUUGAUGGCAGGCUGUGACUAUUUAUCUGGCACAGAAGAUCCAGAGGUGUUGAAGUUUGCACUGAAAAAAGCAGUUCUGUCUCAGAAUACACCCGCAGAAGCCCGGGUCUGUUUCCUGCUAGCAAAGUUUUAUCUGAAGCUUGGAGAAGGGAUGAGUGCUGUUCCUUUCAUUGAACGGCUACAGAUUUUGGCUGAUGAGAUUCCUGGAGCUUGUGACAAGAUGCGGAGCCAUGGUUUUUUACUGUUAGCAAGGCUUUACAUUGACUAUGGUCUUCUUCAACUAGCUGAGAGCUCAGCACAGCAAGCAUGUCUGCAGGUGUCAUCCUCAGUCACUGAUUGUUUCUGCAGCGUCUCUUUGCUGUUAGAGAAUAGUCAGGAACUGCAUGGAGUGGACAUCCCGACACAAGUGGCUCCAUGUUUGACUCGAGCCGCUGCUUUAGAAUCAGCUGACGUGGAGUCCAGCCUUUCACAUGCCUAUGCCUUGUGUCUGUCUUGGCUCUUCCACAAGCAUGGCAUGCCUAAAAGGGCAGUUCAGUACAUGUAUGGUUUCCUCAACCAUUCCUCCGCUUCCACGCUCAGUCAGUCUGAUGUCAGCGCUGCUCUUAUCUGGCUGGCGUGGUUGUAUAUCUGUGACUCGCAACACCACAAUGCUUUGGAUGUGCUGGACUCAGUCCUGUCCUUCCUCCCUGAGCACUGCACAACCCAGCUGGAGGGUGUCAUCUAUAAUAUGCGUGGCAUCACUUUGAGACAUGCUGGAGAUGUAAAACAAGCUGCAGAGAACUUCCAUGCUGCAGUCGAUGUCUGUGAGGAGUUUGAAGACAGGCACAACUGGGCCAUAGCACUGGCCAACUUUGGCUUCUUAAGUCUGCAGGUCAACGCGAAGAGCGUAGCAGAGGAGCAGCUCACCCAGGCAGUAGAGCUGUUCUCUGAACUAGAGGAUAAAGAUGAUGAGUUGAACUUUGUUGUUGUGCUCCUAGAGCUUGGGAAGCUUUAUGUCUCGCGGGGUUUUUGUGAGAAAGGAAAGCUCUGCUAUGAGUGGGCCCUGCUGAUUUCCAUCCUCUAUGAGAACUCAGAGAGCCAACUGCAAGCCACCCGUCACUUGUGCCAGCUAUAUAGUGAAACAUGUCCUGAUGAAGCUCAGUGUAUCAUCUAUAACGAACACCAGCUGAACCUGCUGCACCAAACAGGAGACAGAACCCUGGAGGCAGAGAUAUUGGAGAAGAUCAGCAAGCUGUACCUAAGCCUGGGCACAGAGAAAGCAAAUAGAUGUGCUCUGGACUACACCAAAAGAAGUAUAGGGAUCUGCAUUGACAUGGGGAGGAAGAGGAAAGAGGCUCACGGCUGGCUCCAGGCAGGAAAAAUCUACCACAUCCUCAAACAGACUGAGCUGGUGGAUCUCUAUGUGCAGGUAGCGCAAGACAUUGCUUUAAGCACAGGAGACACGCUAUUCAUUCUGGAGCUGCUGGAGGCGGCAGGGGACGUAUUCCUUAACAGUACACAGGACAGAGAGAAAGCUGUCUGCUUCUACAGGGACCGAGCCCUCCCAAUUGCAAUGAAGACGAGCAGUGUGCGCUGUCAGCUUAGAUUGUGCAAUAAGCUAGCAGAGUUGCUGCUACAGCUGGGACAUUAUGGAGAAGCUCUAGUGUAUGCACAGACUGCAUUAGAGAUCAGCGUCAGUCUGGCUGACCAUUUGAACGAGCGUGUGGCGUUCCAUCGGCUGGCUACACUCUACCACUGCCUGAGUCAGUUUGAGCUGGCUGAGCACCACUUCCUAAAGGCCCUCUCACUCUGUCCCUCGCCCUUACAGUUUGAUGAGGAAGCCCUGUACUAUGUCAAAGUCUAUCAGACACUAGGUGACAUUAUCUUCUAUGAUCUAAAGGACCCAUUUGAUGCAGCAGGUUAUUACCACCUCGCCCUGGCAGCUGCCAUGGACCUUGGUAAUAAGAAGUCUCAGCUUGAGCUGUGCACUCGCCUGGCCACGAUCUAUCACAACUUCCUCAUGGAUCGUGAGCUCUCCCUUCAGUUCUAUCAACGUGCCCGAGCCUUCGCCGCUGAUCUUAAUAUCCGCCGCAUCAACCUUUCGCCAGAUCAGAGUUUCCACACCACAUCCCAAUACAGAAUCACAACCUCGCAGGAGACAAGCUAGACAAUUGAACUGUACUGAGAAAACAGAAACCUAAAACUGCGCUGAAGCACAACACCGUAAUGUUUACAGUCUUCUGACCAAAUGUUUUGUGUAGUGCAUCAUUUGCUUUUAUUUGUGUUGACUGGCUUGCUGGUAGUUGAAGUCAGAAAUCCUAACUGAUUCAACAUUUGCCCUGAUUGCUCAUGUUGCUAAAGGACAAAAUGUAAGUGUAUGUAAUACAUGACUGACUGAAAAAAAAAUCAAUCCACAUUAAGUAGAUUAAUAUAAAACAAUACAGAGUCUUUGUUUAUAUAUAUGUCCAUGAUACUAAUUAGCUAUUAUUUAAUUUAACAAUAAGCCAUUGCAUUGCAACUUCAUUUUGUAAUAUAUAAAAAUACCAGUCUUGAGCUAGAGUUACUAAAUUUCUCAAUUGUCCCAGUGUGUGUGUGUGUGUGUGUGUGUGUGUGUGUGUGUGUGUGUGUGUGUGUGUGUGUGUGUGUUGCCCUGCAAUGGAUCCAGGGUGUAUUUCUGCCUCAUGUCCAGGAUUCCUGGAAUGGGCUCCAGAUUCACCUCAGCCUUGACCAGGAUAAAGCAGUCACUGAAAAAUACCACAUCCUCAAACAGACAGAAAGAAAGAAUAAACCAAUGAAUAUUAAUAGAAACUACAGAAUUAAAGGUGAGGCUUUAACUUUAAGUGUAACCUAAACAUGACUGGGGUAAUAUGCUCUGGUUAACAUACAUCUGGAUUUGACUUUUAAAUGACAACACAGUUUUAUAGAUGGUACUUAUGUAACACCCAUAUGAUAGAUCAGUAUCAAGUGCAAAUCCUAGGCCCUUGGGAGCAUCCAAACAUUUCACUCGCACACAAAAAACAAAACAUGAAAAUCACCAACUUUGUUUCUAGCAGAUUUAGUACCCAAUGAAAAUCCUUACAUUUUAACAGUAUUUAAAAUCAUUUUU